CCACAAUUUUACAUGAACGUGUUUACAUAUAAAGGUGAGCAUUUAUAAUGUAUUAAGAUAUUUAAAGAAUAUCAAAAUACACUCAACAUACACCCAUCAUCUUGUUGUGGACGAUUAUAGAGCACAUCAAUACGGACUGAUAUUUUCUAAAUUAAUGUCUUAUUAUGGACUGAUUAAUGCGCACAAGUAGACCUUAAUCAGUCCUUUGUUUUGUUUUCUUGAUCAUUUGUAUUGUGCAUAUGAAUGAGAAAAUAAUGAAGGGAAACCCUUAGAGCCUACGAAUUGUCAUAUGUGACAGAGGAAAAGUAAGCUUUGAAGCAAAUAAUGAUCGAACUCCUUCUCUUGCAAAUAAUGAUUGGAGUUUUCGAGGUCUUCACCGAGUAAUCUGAUGAACACCCCAUGAAGCCCAGGGGGCUGGGAUGGACGGAAAAUGACUCAAUUGCUUCCGUCACCGAGCGGGUUAAAAGAGGAAGACCAUCACCGAGCGGGUUAAAAGAGGAAGAGGAGUGGGCAGGGAGGGGCUUGAGUGGUCUCAUCGUUGUCGCCAUGAAGGGAAGGAAUUGAUGGAGCAAAUGAUUUGGAAGAUGACAAGAUUUGGAAGCUGCUGUUCUUCGUAAUCGAUCGUAUACUUCCCAGUCAAUUUUUCCGGUUGAGCUUUCUACAAGUUUUCCAUCGAGGCUCAUGGCUAUGCGGGUGGAAGGGAUAUUCAAUCCAAAUGGAACGUGUUCUGCUCCGUAAUUAGAUUUAAGGGUAUUUUGGUCAAAGGAGGUGUAGUUUCGUUCUACGUUAAUCCUUCGUCCUAAAUUUGGAAAGUUGUCAUGUUUAAGUCUUAUACGGAUAAUUUUCCCAUAAUUAUUUCAAAAGUGUCUAUUGCUGCCCUUUAAUUAUUUCGCAGAGUAUAUUGCUGCGGCACACUAAAAACAAAAAUAAAGCAAGGAAUAUGGCUAUGGCCGCCUCCACGCUAACCCCCAGCAGAAUCAUCGUCACCAUCAUCGUAAUAGCCUCAACAUUAACUGCCGCCGCAGAAAGGGUCCGUUCGGAGGACGACGACCGCCGAAUCCUCAAGGCCAUGAUGGGCCGGUGCGUGGAGAUAUUCCUCAACCCCUCCUCGCCCCCGCCCGACAACAUCGUCAACGCCGAUGAAGCCCGGCAAGUCCAGGCACUCACCAUGUACAGCUGUGAUCAACUUUUCACGGACAUCGGUCUUGCAGCGGGCCGCUUCACUCUCGCAUCCCUUCAUCAGCAAUACCGUUGCGGGUGGCCUGCAAUUCUCCGGGGUUGUCAAGGCCGGUCCUGAUAUAGGGGCAGGAUGGGCGGCUGCCCAGGGCCCACCAGGAAGAAGGGCCCAUAAAUUAUUUAGGAGUAAUAUAUAUAUAUAUUGAGUCUCGUUCACCUCGGGCCCACAAAUCUAUUUGAGACGCUUUCGGAUGAAAUUGUUUGAUGAAAGUUUGUGAGUAUGUUUUUCAUUAAGUGUAGAUUAGAUCCAAAAAAUGUCAACUCAAAAUUC